AUGGACGAGGAAGGGCGGAAAUUAUCUGGAUUUUACUGGCGUAAAAGAAAACUAGAAAAACAAGAAAGGCACAAUAAAAUUUUAAAAUGUAUCCCCAAAAUGACAACAUUCUUCACACGGGAUGAAAAUCGAGCAGACAACAGUAAAAAUGAACCCAAACCUGGACCUAGUAGUGAUGAAAACGUUUAUUUACGGCAAGGUGAAUUUACGAAUGCUUCACCAUUACCUGAAUCAUCAGAGUCAUCUUUUUUAAACAAUGUAUUAGAAAAAGAAAAUAACAAUAAUGCAGAAGAACUAAAUAUUGAAAUUGCUUACGUAGAAGUGCAGGAGGAUAACAGUAAGGGCAAACCUUCAUAUUUAUCAAAGGAUAUAUGUAACGAAUUACUGAAUAUUUUGUCAAAUCGGAUUAUUGAUGAAAUUGUAACGCAACUUAAGGCAAAUAAAUACUAUUCGAUUAGCGUAGACUCAACCCCUGACGUAACACACAACGAUCAAUUGACUCUAAUUUUGAGAUAUUGUAAUAAGAAAGGAUUUCCUGUGGAAAGAUUUGUGGGCUUUUAUAAAAACUCUGGGCAUGGUGCACAAGAACUUGAAGAAACUGUUAUCAAUAUGUUAAAAUCGCUAAAUCUAGAUAUUAAAAAUUGCAGAGGCCAAUCUUACGAUAAUGCCAGUAAUAUGAGUGCAUCUGCAACUCAAUUACAACAAAUCUACUUGGAGGAUUUGGAUGAAUAUUUUCCUCAAGAAUGUGUACAUCUUAAGAAACUGAUAACUUCCCUUUCGGAAUUAAAAAUAGAAGCUCCAUUGGAAUUGGUACAAGUUUUAUAUGAAAAUAAAUUAAUAUCUUCAUUUCCGAACAUUAAUAUUUGUUUGCGUAUUUUUUUUUCCAUAAUGGUUUCAAAUGCAAGUGGUGAACGAUCUUUCUCUACUCUAAAAAGGGACUUGUCAAAACAGCUGUCAAUUAUUGAGGCUAUUAGCUUCCAGGAAGAAGAAGAAGAAGAAGUCAGUCAACAGCAAACUACGUUUAUUAAUUUAUUAAAAUGGGAAAUGAAAAGGGCACUAAAUACUAACGAAUUACUUGCUCUGUUAGAAGAGGAUUCAGAUUGUGAAAACGCCGAAUCCGUUGAUGUUGUUUAUGUGCCGCCCGACACAGACGAAAUUACAGAUGAAGAAAACAUUGAUGAAAAUGUGAUUGGUGAAGAGAGACUGGAGGCGGAUAUUGCAGGAACGGGAGGAAAACAGUCGAGCGUCGGCGGCGUUUCGCAAAGACAAAACCUCCACAUGCUACAGCCACUUGAUUUAAGUGCUUACAUGCAAUUAUUAAUGGGGUGCUAA